UCAUUUAUCAAUCUAUCAAACGCAAACGAAUACCUAGUGAAUAGCGCCCGCCGCGCGUCACACGCACAGUUGAUUGGUUUUCAGUGACUAAUUAUGGGAUUUUAUUAUUGCUAAAAGUGCAUCUGUGGACAAAUAUUAAGUGGCAUACCUUCUAAAUUAUUGUACUACACAUUCUGCAGGAGAAGUUGCAUUUAAGAGAGGUUAACUACACAGCAUUAUGGUUCAGGCUUCAGAGGAAGUAGAGCAGCCUGACCUGCCUCAAGCUGUUAAGCUGCUAAAAGAAAUGAACAGUAACGUGCAGCAGGUAUCACAACUGGUGGACAACAUGCUAGUGCGCGUCAAAAGCGGAGAACUGUCUACAGAUAAAGGUCUUAGUUUUCUAGAAAUGAAAUAUCAAAUGCUACUUAGUUAUUUAAUUAAUUUGACUUAUAUAGUUCUAAGGAAAUGUUCUGGUGAACGAAUAGAAUCAGACCCAUCAAUUGAAAGGCUUAUUGAAAUAAGAACAGUUCUUGAGAAAAUUCGUCCUAUAGACUCCAAACUAAAAUACCAAAUUGACAAACUUGUUAAAACUGCUGUUGUUGGUGGCACAUCAGAAGACGAUCCUCAAGCAUAUCAUGCUAAUCCUGCAAACCUAGUGAGUAAAAUAAAUGACUCUGCAGAAGAAUCUAGUGAAUCUUCAGAUGAGGGUGAAACAAAGACAGACAAGGCUAAUAAAUCUAAUAUUUAUGUGCCCCCUAAACUAGCCGCUGUGCACUUUGAUGAGAGUACCUCAAGAAUUGAUAAUGAUAAAAAGAUGAAAGAAAAAUCAAAGAAGCAGUUCUUGAACUCCAGCAUAAUGCGUGAACUCCGUGAAGAGUAUUCUGAAGCUCCACUAGAAGUCAGCACAGGAAAUCAUGUAAAACAGUCAAUAUCUAAGUAUGAGCAAGAAAAAACUGAAUAUGAAGAGAAUUAUUUAACCCGUCUGCCAGUUACAAAGGCUGAGAAAAACCGCAGGAAAAAGUUAUCUACUGUAGGAAUGAUUGCUGAUGAAAUCACAGGUACAAGCAGUAAUCGAGUCUCACGGAAGCAUAAAAUGAAAUCAAAGAAAGGUAAAGGUUUUAAGAGAAGGCGUACUCAAUGAGAUAACAUUUUCAAUGACAUUUUGUAUCAAUAAGAAUCCUGUAUUGUUGUAAAGAAAUGCCUCACUUCAUAGGAUUGGCAACUAGAGUUCCAUGUUAUUGAAUUAAACUUAUUUUUCUCUGUAUAUGUUUUCAAUUCUUAAUUACUGUAUAUGGAAAAGUAAUAAACCCUUCAUAGUCCACACAUAAACCUGAUUCAUUACUUAUAUUAGAACAACAGUAUGAAUCACAUCAAUAAGUUGGAAAUAUUAAUAUAGGUACAUUUAUCCUAAACAUUAUAUUACAGAAAUAGUCAAAUUAACAUGACCAAGCCACAGGGUAGUUCUUGCUUUAGUUUAUUAAAUUGGGUGAUUCUUUAAAUAAAAUAUAUAAAUAUUAAUAAAGUCGAUAUGAGGAUAACACAACACAAAGCUAAUUCGGCCGAUUGAAAUACAAAAUGUGAUUUUGAAAUAUUGAACCGUGCCAUUGCUCUCAAACAAUCCAAUAAAGAUACAGAAUAUAAUAAGUUACUAUAUUGCCCAACAAUGCUUGAGAUUAAUGAUUUGUUAAAUAUAAGUGAAGGUUUACUGAAAAUUAAAUGUCUGAAAAAAUACCAUGCAAUGCAAGUUGCAUUAUGUUAUAAAGAUGAGAAUUAUCUCUCUAUAUCUUUGUGAAAGAUACAAUGCAUGUAUUCAGCUAUAUGUAUCUGCUGUAUAAUAUUCUAGGAAGCAAUUAGGUACUGUGUUGCUUCUGAGGUGAAUGUUCAGUACAUGUUAUUUGUAUAAUAUAAAAAGUUUGGCAAAUUCACAAUAUCUCUGCAUGUGCGCCUUAUUGAAAUAGGUUUGGUAUGAUUGGAACUCCUUUUAAAUUAUUUAUUUUAGUUGUUUAUUUUUGUGUUACGUUCAAUAACUAAAUAUUCUGUAAAAACAUCAAUUAAUAUGAUAAAAAUAAGUUUGUUGUUUAAGGAUGCUUCCUUAAAUGGUUAUUUUAUUCAGAUGUCCAAGAUUAUCUUGUGUAAAAGAAAUACUUUGAUUCAAUUUUAACUGUAUAGAAUGAAAUUUAAAUACUGGCAUUGUCAUUACCUAUAGCAUAAUCUCACCAAGAUCAAGCAAUGGAAUAAAAAAUAUUAUAAUUCUAAAUUUUAUUUCAAUUAAAUUAUAACAAUUUUAUUAAAGAGAAAAUAAAUCUAUAACAAAGAUUACAAAAUAGAUGUCUUUGCUUUUGAAAUUUUAACAAAAUCAUGUUCAGAAUAAAAACAUACGUAUUUUCAGAAUCACACAGAAUUUCUAUUACAGUUAAUAACUCGGUUAAAUAAACUAUAUGUGAAUGUUGAUAUGUAUGUGCAUCCACUGCCGCUUCUAUUAACUGAGGUUGCCAAUCAAUUCAUAAUCGUAGGUUUAAGUUCUUAUUUUGUUUUUGUUUGUGUUUGAUUUAAUUUUCGUUUAUUUUUGAGAUUGAAUAAUUAUAAUAAAUUAAUGUAUUCAUA